AUGAAGAAAAUCUUCACGGGCCAGUCACCUUUGGGCUUCCUGGGCUUUAGGCAUGCGAGCGCUGAGAGCCAAGAGAUGCCCAGUUACCUCAGUGGGUACAAACCCGUGAAAAGGAUGCACAAGGCUGCAAGUGUGGGGGACAUUACCCAAGUACAGCGCAUGCUCAUAUUUGAGGAUGUUGACGUGAAUAUUACAGACCGGAAGAAAAGGACUGCUCUGCACGAUGCCAGUGCUCACGGCCAACCGGAAAUGGUGUCUCUCUUACUGUGGUAUGAGUGCAACAUCGAUGUCUGUGAUCGUGAUAAAAGCACAGCUCUGAUUAAGGCCACACAAUGCCAGCAUGAGAAAUGUGUACACAUUCUACUGGAAAAUGGUGCUGACACGAAUGCCACAUAUGCUGAUCAAAACACUGCCCUGCACUACGCAGUUCACAACAACACAUCGAUAGCUGCUGAACUUCUAGGACACAAUGCAGACACCAAGGUUAAAGCAAAGGGUGGCUACACACCACUUAUACUUGCUGUACUAGAAAACAAACAGGAGAUAGCAGAACUUUUACUAAAGAAGGAAGUGGAUAUUAAUGCCCUGUAUCAUUGUAAUAGAUCAGCCCUCAUACGUGCUGUAAGAGCUCAGUCCAAGAAUAUGAUCAGUCUUCUUCUUCAGCAAGGUGCUAAUGACUCUUUGGUAGAUGUCUUUGGAGCUACUGCACAAAGUUAUUCUGUUUUUGAAAGUUUUAAAAAUGCCUGCACACCACGUUCAUGUCCCAUCAAGGAAAGCAAGCAGCAGAUAGCGGAAUUGCCAGCAAAGGAGAAGGCAAAGGCACAUGCUGAGGAGACGCUGGGGAGGUGCAAAUGGCUUUCAGGAAGCCCUGGGAGCUCUGAGGACGAGAGCCUUGACCCGGAGGAGGAGGCGGAGCUAGAUGAGGAAGUAGCGAAGUAUGAGGAAGAAAGAUAUCAUCCAGAUGAUCAUGUACAAGGCAACAAGAGACACCAAAAACAUUCACAUUCUGUGAUGGCCGCUUCACAAGUGGCCCCCUCAGCGUCCCCUCCGUAUGAGGUCCGCCGAGGAUCUUUUUCCCUCCUAUCUGAUAAAGUGCGGAGGAAGUUACGUUCGGCCUUCCCUGUCUUUGAAGGCCUAGAGAACGGGCGGGUAUACACACCCGUGGAAUAUAACCAAAUAAAGGAAUUAGCAGAGUCAGUCAGAAAGUAUGGCGUCACCGCCAAUUUCACAUUGGCACAAUUGGACAGGCUGGCGAGAGACUCCAUGACACCUACUGAUUGGCAAACAAUAGCCAAGGCCACGCUUAACAGCAUGGGCCAGUUUAUGGAAUGGAAGGCCCUUUGGCAUGAAGCAGCUCAAGAACAAGCCAGGGCCAAUGCUAUAUCUUUGACACCAGAACAGCAAGAAUGGACUUUUGACAUGCUGACAGGGCAGGGACGCUAUGCAACCAAUCAAACAAAUUUCCCCUGGGGAGCAUACCAACAAGUCUCAAGCACUGCCAUCAGGGCCUGGAAGGCACUCUCUAGGAAGGGUGAGGGAGGUAACCAAUUAACAAAGAUUAUACAAGGAGCUCAAGAGCCUUUUUCUGACUUUGUGGCUAGGAUGACGGAGGCGGCAGGGCGCAUUUUUGGAGACUCUGAGACAGCCAUGCCUCUUGUCGAACAGCUUGUCUUUGAACAAGCCACUCAGGAAUGCUGUGCCGCCAUUGCCCCUAGAAAAAACAAAGGGAUGCAGGACUGGCUUAGGCCUUCUGCAUCCCAGCCAUUCACGUUGGACCAAUCAAGCCUCUGGUUUGGAUAUCCAGCAGAUUGGCCUGAACAUGUCAAGUUCUCCAGGCAACCAGCCAUCUACAAUCCAGUUGAAUGGAUGAAAGACAUGGAAUCACUUUCAGCCCCUCUAGAGGAAAACAAACAGCAGGUAGCCAGAAAGGAGGAGGAAAAUGAACAGAGACUGGACAAGCUUGGGAGGCACAGGCUUUCCACAAAACCUGAUCUUAGUGAUUCUGAGCCCACAACACAAAAGGUUGACUACAGCUUUAAUACGGAGGACAAAUAUAAGUUAGAAAAAUGUAUCCUGACACCCAGAGAAUCUCAGUAUCAAGCUAAGCAAAUGACUUCUUUGUUUUUGCAACUCAAAGAAAGAUUUCAAGAAUCAGAGAUGAGCAAAAGUUCUGAUGAAGAAGAGCCAUCUUCACAUUCAGGAUUCACAGAUGGGCAAGUACUUGAGGGAAUGUUGACAGAGCAAGGGAAACUGGGGUGUCAAGAGAGCGUACAACUUACCUCGAACAAGUUAAACCAGAGGCUGGUCAGAUUUGUGAAGAUGUCAGAAGGAAUGCUUAUCCUGAGGAAAAGCGACGACCUGGGUCAAGACACGAUUGCAGGAUGGCUAUCCACAGCACUUGAGAACAACCACAGACAGGAAGAAGGUGACGUUGAAAAUGUCUUACCAUCUCCUUCAUAUUUGGGUAUGGAAUACAGUGGCCAGUCAUUGGCUAAGGGUCCCUUAAUGGAAAAUAAAUUAGACAGGGAAAGUAACAUAUCACAAAUGGAAGAAUCUCUUAAUAAAAAUGAGGAGAAAUCUUCUAACACUAUAGAAAAUAAAAAGAUAAUGACCCCAACAGUAUUUAUGGAUGAAAAUCAAGAAAGCCAUGAGUUCAAGAGCCAAAUGAAAAAAUCUAUUAAACCUGAAAGCAUUGACUGGUCAUUAGAUAUCAGACACAUGCCUAAGCCUAGUGAAUCAGAAGAGCAGAAGCUUCCAUACUCCAAAGAAAUGAGUCAUGUGAGUGAAAUUCAGGACACGUGCAAGACAACUAAACUGACUUUUCCACCAAAUGGUGAAGGAAUAUCAACUGUUUUUCAGAAUGAAGAAUCACUUCAAGGCAAGGCGAUGUCUGACCAGUUACACAUGUUAGAAGAGGAGAUCCUGGUGUGGGAAGAAGAAGUUCACCUUCAGAACAAGGGUAUCUCUGAAAAUCUGCCAAAUAAGUGUAAGGGGAUUUCAUUUGACUCUGAAGAUCAAAAAGGGAAAUAUACAGUAAAAGACCACUUAGAAGAACUAGAUUUGGAAGUGAUGUCACAGAUGGAACAAAGCUUUGACAGCAGUGAAAGUAACCAGCCACAGAAAACCAUGCAACUCCGUCCUCCACCUUUGCAUCUGGAAGAAAUGUCUGAAGAAAUGGAAAUAAAUAAGAGCUAUGAUGGAGGACAUGCAUCUGCACAUCCAGAACUUCCUUCAGUGAAGCAGCAUGAGGAAGAGCUUCCCAGUGAAGAUGUGCUAGAGAGUGCACACAAGAAGGAACUCAGUAGCAAGUUAAGGCAGACAGCUGAUGAUGUGUUUGAAAAUGUUUGUCCUGAGGAAGAACCACUACUGGAUAACUCUAUAGGAAGAACUCACUUCAUGGGGGCUGGCAAAGAAUGGUGUUUAAAGAUCAGCCAACUUGUAGAAGCAGUUCUCUUUUAUAUUGGUUCUGGUAGCCUGUUAAAACUCUGGGAUAUGGCUCAUUCCUAUGAAAGACUGAUGGAGCUUAAAAAUCAUCAUUAUGAACUGCUGACAAGAAAAAUAGAAAGAAUGGAAAAUAAGGCUAGUGGACGAAGGGAAUGGACAGAAAUAAAUCUAAUAAAAUCCUGCUUACAGCAUGAAGCAGAAUGGGAAGAAGUCUACAGUUUCAGAUUUCCCUUAAAACAAGAAGAUAAGCAGAAAGGAAAUGGUGGUUUUAUGUUUCAAAAACAGAAGGCACAGUUAAGAAGGAAAAAAGAGCAAUAUAAUGAAGACAUGGGAAGGAAUCAACAACCUGAAAUCAGGUCACUGCUUAUGGAAGCAAAGGCCAUAGAAAAUUAUUUAAGACAGUUCCACAAUCUGAAAGAAAAAUGGGAAGCUACAUAUUACAAAUAUCUACAUAUGGUUGUAAAAAUUCAGUUUAUCGAGCAGGAGUUAGUAUCAAUAAAAACAGAACAAAAGAAAUGUGAAAGCCUACCCAAGAGUCAGAAGGACCUAGCAGAAGAGGUGCAAAGCUUCAAAAGCUUUAUACAAGAAAAUACGAUACAAGCAGCAGAUCAGAAACAUAUAGAGAAUUUAAGAGACAAUAAAAACGUUACAAUGAUAAGUCAGAUGGAAUCCAAAAUUGAAAGCCUGGAAUCUCAACUAUCAAAAAUGAUUCGUAUUCUAAAGUUUUCUAAACAAGCCAGUUAUAUUCUUUUAGAAUUACCUGAGUACAUUCCAUUGCGAAGAAAUGUUAACACAUUUAACUAUUCUGGGAUUAUUACAACUUAA